AUGACGACCGAACGCGAGGCCAACAUCUACGAAGCCAAGCUCGCCGAGCAGGCCGAGCGCUACGACGAGAUGGUGGCGGCCAUCAAGAAGGUCGCUGCGUCGCUGAAGACCGGUGAGGGUCUGUCCGUCGAGGAGCGCAACAUCUUCAGCGUGGCCUACAAGAACGUCAUCGGCUCGCGCAGGGCGACGAGGAGGACCGACCGGAGAAGAUCGAGAUGA